AUGUCAUCUUUGAGGAGAUUUGAGGAAGCUAAAAGCUUGUUCGAAGAAAAGAAAGGUUCAAUAAAAAGAGUGAUGGCCUUGGUGUCGCGUGAAUGUAACAAAGUUGGCACCCACUAUAAAUCGACACAGGAUCUAUUCCGUGGAUGUUUCGCCGAGCUUGACUCAAAGGUGAGACAUUUGAGAGCUGUUCAAGAUUCGGUGGAACAGAGCUGUGAAGAGCUUGAUUCAAAGAAAAAGUUCGUGGAAGAAGGGUUGAAGAGAUUGGAUGAGAAAGAGAAGUUACUGAAAAGGGUUUUGCAAGAGAUUGAACUCAAGAAAAUGGAAUUUGGGAAAACCAGCGUCUCUGUGGGUGAACAGAUGGAGGAUGUUGAUCUGAAAGAGGCGGAAAUUCGGGGUCUUUUUGAAGGCCUGAGAUUGAUCCAGGAUAAACUGAAUGAAAAGGAGAAAGAUCUGGAAAGGAGGCAAGUUAUGAUUGAUGAAUCAACACGAAUGCUGGAGAGAAUGCGGUAUGAGAUUGAUGUGGAAAGCCAAAGAUUGGUGAGAAGGUCUAAUGAGCUUGAUUCGAAAGAGAGAAAUCUGGUUCAAAGGGAGAAAGAGUUUGCUUAUAAACAUAAGACGCUGGAAAAAAUAAAUUUUCAGGUGGAUUCAGAGAAGAAGAAGGGAAAUUCGGAAAACAUCAAGCUGGAAGACUCAGAGAGCCAAACCAAAUCUGCCCAAGUGAGGAGGGUCGGAUGGAAAGGGGUUUGUCUCUCUGAUGGAGGGAUGAACCUGGAACAAAAUGGCAGCAAUCUUGCUUACAGAUAUAUUACCACUUCCAAAAACAGCACUGGACAAAUUAGACCUCACAAUCGUCAGGCGUCAGAAUUGAGAGCUGGUGGGGAUGCGAAAAACAUUGUUGUUGGAGAUAUUUGGGCUUGCUUUGAAUCUCAUGAUGCCAAUGAUAAUAUGCCAAGAUCAUAUGCCCAAGUACUGGAAGUUAAUGAAAAAGGAGGAGUUAGCAUUGUAGUUAAAUGGCUGAAACCUUGCCCUUUGCAAAGAGGUGAACAGGAAUGGAUAAAUGCAGGCUUACCGGUAACCUGUGGAAAGUUUGAAAUGUGGAGAAAAAGUGUUGAAUCUCCCAACAUCUUUUCACAUCGAAUGAUACCUGAUAAAUAUGAUCCUUCCAUAAUAAUUCCAUGUGAAGGUGAGACUUGGGCAGUUUACAGGGAAUGGAAUAUUAAUACUUGGGCAUCUAAUCCAUCAUUGCACAGAGACUGCAAGUAUGAGAUUGUGGAGAUCUUGCCAUAUUCUAAGGCCGGGUGUUCAACGCGGGGUGUUAGGGUGGCGCACUUGGAUAGAGUAACUGAAUCAGCAAACUCAUUCAAGCGGAGGAGCAUGGAUGAUUCAAUUCUCAUAAGUUCGAACAGUUUAUACAGGUUCUCACACAAAGUUCCCUCCAACAAGAGAAUCUGCAUUGAUGAAGAUGGUGAUCUUCCCCAUCUCUUUGAAGUGGACCUGCAAUGCUUGCCUCGUGAAAUCGAAUGA